GGCGUAUCCAAUGAAAAAGAGUGUUGGUGUCUUCCUUACAGCCUCCCAUGCGUGUGAGUGCGUGUUAGCAAAGCAACACAAUGCUUCGCCGAGAGACGAGACUGAGACGGGAGUAUCUGUAUAGGAAGGCCCAGGAGGACAGAGUGCGGACGAUUGAGGAGAAGAAACAGAAGCUGAAAUCUGCUCUUGAUGACAAUCGUCUCAUCCCUACGGAGGUUCGCAGAGAAGCAGUACAGUUACAGAAAUUGCUGGAGUAUGACGAUGAGGGAGCGGAAGGUGUCAGUUCUCACAUGGAUGAUGAGUAUAAAUGGGCUGGAGUGGAGGAUCCAAAGGUCAUGGUCACAACGUCAAGAGACCCCAGCUCUCGACUCAAGAUGUUUGUCAAAGAGGUGAAGCUGAUCUUUCCAGGCGCUCAGCGUAUGAACAGGGGAGGUCAUGAGAUCAAUGCUCUGGUACAAGCCUGUAAAGCCAACAAUGUUACAGACCUGGUCAUUGUUCAUGAAACCAGAGGACAGCCAGAUGGGCUGGUGGUGUGCCAUCUACCUUUUGGACCAACUGCAUACUUCACCCUUUACAAUGUGGUAAUGAGACAUGAUGUGCCAGACAUUGGAACCAUGUCUGAGGCCUACCCCCACCUCAUCUUUCACAACUUCUCCUCACGACUUGGCCAGAGGGUUUCCAAUAUCCUCAAGUAUUUGUUCCCAGUGCCUAAAGAGGACAGUAGACGAGUUAUCACAUUUGCCAACCAGGAGGAUUUUAUAUCUUUCAGACAUCACACUUACAAGAAAACGGACCACAAGAACAUUGAGUUGUCAGAAGUUGGGCCCAGAUUUGAAAUUAAAUUGUACAUGAUCAAGCUUGGUACCUUGGAGAAUGAGGCUACAGCGGACGUUGAAUGGCGCCACCACUCGUACACACACACUGCCAAAAAGAGGAAGUUUCUCAGCGUGGAGUAGCCUCAACCAGUAUUCCCCUUUCAUGGACCGCUCAUGGCAAAAGCAGCCCAACCACAUAGUUGUAUAAUGCUGUGUUAAGUUUUACACACCAUUCCUCGGAUAUGUAUUUCAUGUUAAUAUGGUGUCAGACCAUGGAUAAUUUCAUGGAAACAGACUCUACCAGACAAGUCAUGUAUAAUACAAACUAGAUUUUGACUGGACUGAAUAUAUAUUUUUACUUCAGUGGUUUUGUACUACAUAUGGGUCUUUAUAUAAAUGAAGGGGCUAAUGUGUGACAUCAGGGUAAACAUUUCUAAAUGGUUUGAUAUACAUGUGAUUUUCUUGCAGCUUCAAAUGUGUAGUUUCAGGAAUACGAGUCUAGAUAAGCACAAUGAGACCAUAACUACUAGCAACAACAAAACAUCUACAUGUCAUUCAAAAUGUCACAUGAAAACUGCAUGUUUCUUUGUCAUGCCUAGUAGGCAUGUCUGUUUGUGCUUUAGUCAACUUCUCUAAAAUGUAUAGCCAUGCUAAACCUUCCAGAAGAAUGAAAAAGAUAACAGCAUUUCAAUAUUUUUUUUAUCGUUUAUUUAAUACAAUGGGUUCUGUAAACAAAAUGAUUGACAAUAACCACAACAAGAAAUGUUCACUGGUACCCAAGUUUAUAGAAAGACACAAAUUUGGGCUCCUGAGUUGCACAGCGGUCUAAGGCACUGCAUCUCAUGGCAAGAGGGGUCACUGCAGUCUCUGGUUCAAAUCCAGGCUGCAUCACAUCCGGCCGUGAUUGGGAGUCCAUUUGGGCGGCGCACAAUUGGCCCAGCAUUGUAAAUAAGGAUUUGUUCUUAACUGACUUGCCUAGUUAAAUAAAAAUAAAUAUGUACUGUAUCUGAGCUAGUGACUUGCCCAGAGAUGAUCAACAUGUGAAAAUAAAAGCAGUCCCAGGUUUUAA